CAACAGCUCUUCCUCAGAUCACUUGUCAAUCGAACUCUGACGCUUUCUGCUUUAUACUUGUUUUCUCAAUUUACAAAAUUAAGGUGAAGAUUUUUUUCUUAUGUUUACAUAUAAAAGGAAGAUUGACUUUGUUGAUUGAUUCUUAUUAUCGUAGAACAGAUCUAAAAGCUGUGUACCAAGAGAGAAAGGAGAGAGAUGGAAGAAAUGGUUGCAGCUCCAAUGAAUGGAGGAUCUGGCCUCUACAGCUACACCAGAAACUCAGCCCUUCAGAGAAAAGCCAUAGAGGCUGCAGAAGAACUAAUCAACAAGGCAAUUGCUGAGAAACUUGAAAUCAAUAACUUUUUAUCUUUAAAAACCUUUCAAUUGGCUGAUCUGGGGUGCUCAGUUGGACCUAACACAUUCUUGACUGUCCAAAACAUAGUUGAUGCUGUGGAGCUCAAGUAUCAAAGCCAAGGACGUCUCCAUUCUCAGCAAUUUCUUGAGUUCCAAGUCUUCUUCAAUGAUCAUAUGUCCAAUGAUUUUAACCAGCUAUUCACAUCUCUUCCUCCAGAAAGGAGAUACUUUGCAAUGGGCGUGCCAGGCUCUUUCCAUGGUCGCUUGUUUCCGAAGGCAUCUCUACACUUUUUCCACUCUUCUUAUGCUGUGCAAUGGCUUUCUAGAGUGCCAAAAGAGGUUGUGGAUAAGACCUCUCCUGCUUGGAACAAAGGGAGUAUCCACUACUCAAAAGCUUCAGACGAGGUUUUCAGGGCUUAUGAAGCUCAAUAUGUGAAGGACAUGGAGAGGUUUCUAAUUGCUAGAGCAGAAGAGAUUGUGUGUGGAGGACUUUUGGCCCUUAUUUUUCCAGGUUUCCCUAAUGAAAAGCACUAUUCUGAAGCUUUUAUGAACAGGGCAGUACAUCUUUUGGGAUCUUGCUUAGUGGAAAUGGCCAAAAAGGGUAUGAUAAGUGAAGAAAAAGUUGACUCAUUUAACAUACCAACUUUCCAUGCCUCUCUACAACUAGUGGAAGCAAUUGUGAAACGAAAUGGAUGUUUCAGUAUAGAAAUGAUGAAGAGCCUACCUCAAGAAAAGCCUAAUCCCAAAAUUCUAUCUUCUACCAUGAGAGCUAGCUCGGAGGGCAUGAUAAUGCAGCAUUUUGGAUAUGAGAUUUUAGAAGAGCUAUUUGAUUUAUUUUGCAAGAAAUGCGAAGAAUUAUUAUCCAACUUUGAGCCAGAGAUAGAAAGCAGUCUAUUCGUUUUACUCAAACGCAAAUAUGACAAUUGAGACAGAGGGACUGGUAAAGGAAUAUUUUGGUGAUGUGAUUUUAGUGUUUUAGACCAUCUACAAAAAAUGCAGAACC